CAAUAACAAAUCAAAUUCAUGCAAUAAUCUCAAUUACACUUAUCCAAAAUCUGCCAUUUCCACUUUAACAAUCCAACUAUAAAUUUGACACAAUGUGAUGAAGGAAGGAGCAUCAGAAUUCAUUCUUUCAGAUGGGUUUUCCUUUCCGUUUUCGUUUUCCAGUCAUAAUCAUGGCAAUAGUCGUCGUGUUAAUCAGACGAGUAAGUCUCGUCCAAGGGGAUAUAGGCACCGCGACUUCAUACAAUCCUCCAUACACACCUACCAAGUGCCAUGGCAAUAGGCAGGAUCAAUUCCCACCAGGAAAUCUGUUUGUAUCAGUGAACGAGGGAUUGUGGGACAAUGGAGCAUCAUGUGGCAGGCGAUACAGAUUGAAGUGCUUAAGUGGACGAAAUAACAGGCCAUGCAAGGAGGGAACCAUAGAUGUUGUGGUGGUCGAUUUUUGCUCGAGAAGGCCAUGUCCAUCGACCAUGGUCUUGUCUAACGAUGCUUUUGCAGCUGUUUCGCAUUCUCCCAAAGCUAAAAUCAACAUUGAAUACAUCCAGGUUUAAUCUGCAGGAUUCACAAUCAGCUUCAUAGAUAGGAAAAAUUUUAAACUAUGUUAUUAUGUACUGCUCUCCAGUAAUUACUUAUUUUAAGAAUAUAUCCAACUUUUAGUAU